AUGCCCAUCAACUCAUCUGAACCGUGGCUGCAUUUCACACAGCUGAUUUGGAGAAGUACAUCUGAGCUGGGUAUGGCGGUGGCUUCCGGCGAUGGAUACCAUUAUUUUGUAGCUCGGUAUAGCCCACGAGGAAAUACAAGAGGGAGAUUUACUAGAAAUGUGCCACGCCUGAGGCCGACAGGUUUGUGAAUUGUCCUCGAAUGCGAAUACAAAGUCUUUGCCAAUAACAUACAUAAUUCAAGCCAAACACACCGCCAUUCAUGCAUAAACUUGUUUCACUGGUUACUUAGCUUUUUUUGCUCUAAAAGUACUUUUAUCCUUUGAACUUGUGAAGGAAUGACUUGAAAGAUGGCAUGCAGUAUCUCAGGAUUUUUUCAUAUCCUAUUUCAACAGAGCCACCGACUACAACAGCACUUCCAUCUACAACCACUGGCAAUCCAAAUUCAACUUCAGGUAACACAGAGGGUAAUAGAGUAUUAUCAUCUGAGUUAAUUACGUAAAUUGGCCACCGUCAGAGUCAGAGUGAAUCAUUCGCUCUGGCAAAAGGCCUGGUACUCAGAUGCGAUUUAGAACUGUACCAAUCCACCACCGAUCAAUGGUGGACAAGACUGCCAGGGACUUAGUAACGAGACACGGGCAUGUAAUUUAGGAGCUUCUCCAGGUACGGAGACUCCUACAAACUAAGAUGCCCUUUUCAAGGAUUCGGGUAAACACGAAUGGAUCGUUCGCCCAAGAAUUAAGGAAUUGGAAAUGAGAGAGAACCGCAUUAUGCAGAAACAUGUACAAAGGUUUAAUUUUCAGUAAUACUACCACUUUCCAAGAUGAAGCCUGUUAAGCUCUUAGUGUUUUUUCCUUGCGUAGCAUUUAUCUUCACGUCAAUACUGAGUAACAAUGGAGAUUUUAACUUCAUUUUCCACAUUCUUCCACGAUCUUCUGUAGUGCCAUUACCAACAACACCAGCCUGUAGUUUACCAAACCGCAGGACACCCAACCAGGAGGAGAUCAACAAUACUAUUUCCAUAGUCAUUUUGAAUGUUACUCUUCAAGAGGUUUGUCAAGUUUGUUUCACCUUCCACACCAUAUUACCUCCAUGAAAAACCUAACCCUUAACCCUUUAAACCCUUCGAGUGAUUAGCAUCUAAUUUCUCCUUACAAUAUCACCCCUCAACUAUGCAGUAAGGUCAUGAGAAUAAAGAAAUUAUCAGCAGCUAAAGAAGUUGUUGAUUGUUACACAAGUUCUCCUUGUCAGCACCUUAGAGCAAUGUAUAGAGAGCGGUAUGGAGAAUACCUUUACUGAUGUUAGGGUGUAAAGGGUUGAUGGGGACUUAGCUUGCAUCGAUAUUUAACCAGGUCGAUCUCUUACAGCUAAUGCCUGGGAGAUCAUUUAACUGGUGAAGACAAGAGAAAGACAGCUCAAGUAUCAUGGCUUUUGCGUUUCAAAAUAUAUCUCAUUCUCUUAAAUUUGAUGAGAUAUGUUUUCUUUACGAGACAAUUAAUGAUGGGCGCCAUGAUUCACAAGGCGCAAACUGUGGUCCUAAAUCAAAAUUGCAUUUCUACGGAGAGUCUUUGGUGUGUGGUGGCGUCUGCUUAGGCGUUUCCCCUCAGGGGAGGUUCUUUACUGUAUUAUUUAAUAUGGCAAAACGAAAUAUCACUCGUUCACUUUGCAAAUAUCAUUGCAGUGGUGCCGAAGAGAAGAUGAAUUUAGACUACUACUUGCCAAUUUUGUCACUGACUUUUGCAAUGCUCAGAUGGGAAUAUGUGCCAACCGGUAAGUAAAUAUGAGUUUUCACCAAUCUUAGUUGAUUGUGAAGUGAAAUUUGAUGUGUUCUCUGGUCUCUAGCAAGUUCAAAUGCUAACGUUUACUAAUAUAAAAUUAAGGGUAAAUAUUAUAGAGGAAUGAGACAGUCAAAGUCAGCAGUGCCUUCAGGUGUCAAAUUCGGUCCUGUCUCGACAAUCAGUGGCAUUGAUAAAUGCGACUGAAUCUUGAUGGGACAGCGGGAAGCUUAAAAUCAAUUUUGGAAGAGGGCGAGGUAGUAAAAAGGUGGUGGUGAGGGAAGGGGGGUGUCACCGACACAAACUUACGACAAAGAGUCAUGCUCCUCUGUGCAGACCGUUUUCACACCGGCCUCAAAAUAAUUUGGAACCACUUGCGCCCCCCCCUCUUUUGCCUCCGAUUAUGUUUUGCCUUGAAAACCUCGGAUAUCAUUGUCAGUAUCUAAGCAACUACACGCCUACUCCUCCGCUGACAUAACUUUAAACCUAACUUGUUAUCAGUCGACUGUUGUUGGGUUGGGGAAGGGGGAAGAGGGAAGGUGUAUAGUUGCCCAGAUACAUUGAUCCAAAGCCUCUACACUUAUCCGAUUACCCCUUUUUUUUCGUUAAGGUGCAUUGUAAAAUAUUCUUUAUCAUCGCCAUUUGCUUUCUGAAAUAGAAAUAUCUUUUUAAUUUCGUAUAUUCUACCACCAGUUCUUUACCGUCUGACGUGGAUCUCAUAAACAUACUUCCUGGAUUUCCCGUUGUAAACAGCCCCCUAGAGCUAAGAUUUUACGUACGUCUGAAGGCUGGUGUAAAUCAGCACGUUACGAUAGACAGAGAAGUCCUUUACGCGAUAUUCGAAAAUUUUGCUCAAAACAUAAGCGAAGUUCUGGGAGUAGAAUUUACAGGUAGGCAAAUUCUUGAUCCAGAUUACAUUUUCCGUCAUUCAUGGCUCUUGUAUCAGAAUCAUCUCUCCACGUUCUUCUUGCCGGACCUUGCGAAUCUUGAGGUCAGCGGUUAUGGUGCUGACUUACCUGGGUAUGUCAUGUAUGGGGAAUUCUUAUCUACACAACACAUAUUGUGUCGUAUACUUUACAUACAUACGGUAAUGUUCAUGAUAAUUUCCCAUAUAUGACGCUGACUUAAGGAAUUGCGGGCUCUGAGAGGGGAGGUGUUUUUCUUUGAAAGCACAUUUCGAGUUCAAAGCGUCAAAAUUUAGGCAAUGUGUAAAACUUUGUCCUUAUACUGUUGCUGCUCUUGCUUUUGUCAUAAUUGUUUUUCUUUCUUCCGUCGGUUGUUGUGUACAGCAUUAUGAUAUUCUAGGUCAUUUCUUGUUCGAAUAAUUUAAGAAAUUUUUAGCCUAAAUUAUUUUAAGUUGUUCAGAUUUAGAGAGACACAUUCCUUCGUUCAAAGAUUUUUUCAUGCUUUAUAUGCAGCCGAUGGAAACUUUACAAACUGGGGUCCUUGGGGUCAAUGCAGCACGUCUUGUGGGCCUGGAACUCAGAUACGAUUCAGGAACUGCACAAAUCCACCACCGAUCAACAAUGGCCAAGAUUGCGAGGGACCUAGGAACGAGACACGGCCAUGCAACUUGACAUCUUGCCCAGGUAAAGGGCGCGUUUAAAAAAUAAAGAGGUUUAAAAUAUGUCCUUUGCCGAAUGUGUCCUCGUUUAUCAGAAGCUAUUGCUCGAUUAUCCUGGGUUUAUUCUGACAAAAACUAAGUGUAAUGCAAUUUUAAUUAGCGAAUAAGAUUUAAUAUUGAUAGUAGGACAAUGAAAUCAUAGUUUUUAUGCGUUAACACUAAGAGUUGUUAAGGCCACUGGGGGUUCGAAGUUGCUUUUGUAAAGAAAAAGUUGUUCCAUUAAUGCAAACUUGUUUUUACUGAUAUUAUUUUGUUCAACGACCAGUCAAUGGUAACUUCAGUGAGUGGGAGAACUGGAGUGCGUGUUCUUUAACGUGCGGUCGAGGAGUACAGAUACGUUACAGAAGCUGUACCGAUCCUCCUCCGUCUCAUGGUGGCCGAGACUGCAUUGGGUCCAGGAUGGAGACCAGGGAAUGUGAACUAACAUUUUGCGUGGGUAAGAAGGAAUGUUUCAAUUGAUAUCUUCCUUCUAUGCAAAAACAGGGCCAGUAGAUAACUGUUUUUAUCUUAUAUACCACAAAAGUAAAUUGUGCUUUUCCCACUUUCUAUAGACCAAUUGGUAGCUAAAAUAUUUUUAAAAACUUAAUUUGAGCAGCCGGAAAGAAAAGAUCCUGACUUCCCGUUGUACUUCGGUUAAAUUUCAUCUUAUCUUGACUCUCUUCAGUUGACGGAAACUUCACGGAGUGGUCACCUUGGACUUCCUGCAGCCUGACUUGUGGAAAUGGAACCCAGAGUCGUUACAGAAACUGUACCAAUCCUCCUCCACAAAACGGAGGAAGAGACUGCGAAGGACCUCGGAACGAGACUCGAGAUUGCUUUGAUGGACCAUGUCCAGGUUGACAUGUGAAUUUCAGUCAUAUUUCCUUAUAAGUCGAGAACAAAAACCGACUGAUCAUUAUAAUUGGUAACACUUACAUUGUUGAUUAGGGAAACGAACCUAACAGGUAACUUUCGAUUUUGGAAAUGAGGGAAAAACAAACCUGUAAAAAUUGAGGCUGCGACGGUAUUCAAACCACUCUCUCCGGAGAAGCCACACGUCUGGCGUGAGGUAUAAUCUAGUUGUUUUUUCUUGUCGCCUUAAAGGAUUCUUCUCCUAUUGAAACGGAUAGAAAAAAAGUAGGAUUGUAACUUGCUACUUCAAGUCAGACUUUUACAGAUGAUUUAAAUUUUUUACAAUAUAAUUCUUGGCCUCUUUCAGUUGAUGGAAAUUUCACCGAGUGGGGAGACUGGGGCAGAUGCAGUAAGACUUGCGGAAAUGGUACUCAGAUUCGCGUGCGGAACUGUACCAAUCCCUCACCGGCUUAUGGUGGACAAGAUUGCAUUGGGCCGAGAAAUGAAUCGAGAGAAUGCUACGAAGUACCAUGCCCAGGUACAUUUCGGACUGAAUUCAUUUCUACAAAUUGUUGCAAGCUCAAGUUGUUGGUGGGACUUUCAGGACGGAGAAAGAAAUUAAGGGAUUGGAAAACUGAAACUUUUUCGCAAUAAGGGAAUUUAAAUCUGUGAACCAAAAAUUAUCAUUCUGGUAACAAUUUCACAAUCGCCAGACUUUCAGUCAUAUAGUCUUAGCUUCCCAAUAAAUGUUACGAGUUACCUCCGUUAUGUCAUCGUUACGCUUUCUUGAAUUCGGAGUAGUUGAAAACGAGCAUACCAGUGCUAAAGAUUUCCUAUCUCUGCUUCAUAUUUUAAAGCUGAAAUUUUAUCGUGCAAUGCUUGUGUAAUGGCCUGCAGGACUUAAGUUAAUUUUUUAUGGUUUAUCUCGCGAAUGAUAUGAGGUCAGUGUACAUCGGGGAUCGCAGUCAAUUGCAAACGAUCUAAAUUCCGAGUAGAGCACGAGAAAAACGUUACAUGGUUUCUUUUGUUCUGUUUUUAAAGCCAUGAUGCACAACAAACAAGUCCUCAUGUUGAGGAUAUCACUCCAAAGCAUUCAUGAAUAAAUUGAUUUGUUCAUGUCAUUGACUUUUUCAGUUGACGGAAAUUACACUGAAUGGACAAUAUGGGGACCCUGCAAUGAGACUUGCGGAAAUGGAUCUCAAACUCGGUACCGGUCCUGCAUCAAUCCGCCACCAUCCAAUGGGGGCCGUGACUGCGUGGGUCCGAGUAAUGAGACUAGAGACUGUUUCAUUGAGCCGUGUCCCCGUAAGUUUCACAAAUCUAAUUGGCUAGGCUACGGCACCUCCCAUGAGGGAUAUCUGGCCACCGCGCCUCCCACGAGAAGUGUCUGGCAUUAUUGGCUUUUAAAUCGUAAUGUAACCUACCACUGAAAAAAAUACUUCUCUGAUUCUCGUUUUCUUUCUAUUGUGUACCUGCAGCUCGAUUGUAUCCCUAUGGAAGCCUCGUUGGUGACACAAAACUGCCGUGGUUUAAUCUGUUCAGAUCUUACUGCCAACAGGUUAACAUUCCUGGUCAGGGAUUGCCAUUCUUCGUCAAGCAGCACAACAAAGUUGCUGUAAGUGGUGUGGAACUUUUUUUUCUUUGUUAAGAUUUAUUUGCUGAGGAAAACUUUACCUUAAUAUCAUAUGCUGUUGUCGCUUAGUAUGUUAAUGUUUAAAAAAAGAAAUGCAAACUUCUUCCAUUUUGCGUCAUUUUCUAGAGGAGGUCAGCAAUGUUCACACAUGGCUUUCAUAACGCUCCUGAUAUAUUUCAAGUGGAUAAAGAAAGUGAGGCUGGGAGCAAAACUAUUCAUUAUAAUUUUUAUUCUUACCAACAGAUUUGUCGAAAUGGAUUGUUACGCUUCAUUACCCGAACCGUGAUCAGCUGGCCCGAACGGUUUCCAGGAAUCCGAGCCUCUGGUUCUAACAGAUUUCAGCGGUAUUUUAUCUUAGCGCCAUUCUGGAGCUCUAUCAGUCACCAUCCUUUUCAAAUCUCCGACACGAGCCAGGCGUCACAGUUAUUCUAUCAAAUCUACAGUAAGAACAUUUUGGGUGAUGUAUCAUCUAACCAUGCAAGAGAGAUCUUUGACCGAGUCAACAAAGACGUACAGAAAUAUCAAACAAGUCCCAGCAUUCCAAAUUUUAACGCGAGCUGGGUGUUGAAGGUGACCUGGGAACGACUGUAUCCCAGUACCUAUCCAACAGUUAACCUGGUAAGAAGUGUUUCAUUCAUAAAGUGUAAAUGUAAUCUUUCUCUGUUACUCGACGUAACUGGCAUUGACAAAUUCAGAUAAACCUGCAAACCUAUUUUAUAAUCACGACAAAACUGCAGUAUGUGUCACCCAAGAUGCGUUUCUAUUCAAUAACAAUAAUUUGAUUUCAAAGACAAUUCAGGAGUGUUAUGGUAUUUUGUCAUACCCAACUGAAUGAUUAACCUCCAGAUAUAAAAUCAUCCCAGCUGCUGUAUUCUUAUUUUGCGUUUUCAGACGAACACGUUCCAGCUCGUACUUGCCACCGAUGGGCAGCAUUCCUUCACUUUGUAUAAUUAUGCAGAAAAUGGAAUUCAGUGGGCAUCCUCCACAGGAAGGUAAGCCAAUUUUUUGCUGUCACCAUAUGAUUCAUCUUUUUUCUCCUUUGUACAAAAAUCCCAGCUGAGAAAAAAAAAACUCAUAUCUCCUGUAUUCUAUCUAAAAUUUCUCGUCUUGUUUAGUUUGUCUGUUUUCCCUUGUUUGCUCCUUGACUAUGAUGCCUCUCAACAUUUCAUAAAGUUUUCUGACAGUUUGCUGUCACCCAUUUCUACCCCUGAGUAGAGAGAGAAAAGUAUCUUGGCGAAACGAAGACUUCUCAACCUGGAUUCCGAUGCAUUGCCCUUCAGGACACCACCAAGUUUCCCGCGUGACCAUUGUUUGCUGCCUUGAAUCUGAUGAAAAAGGUGCAUAAGAUGCUUGAAAUGAAUUCGUCUCAUUUUUCUUUUCAGCCGUUUCUUUUCCCAGAAUCAAAGUGGGCUUCCUGUGAUGGGAUAUAACGCAGGAGACCAAGGAAAUCUGAGCUUCUACAAUAUACCUGGGUGAGAAAAAGAUUUCAGAACCUUUUUUUUUUCAAAACUCGCGAACAGUGUAAUGCGUAUUUAGAAAUUUAGAUAUGAAAAAGAACAAAGUCAUAUAAACGUAGGUGAGAAGCACUUUCCGAAGUUUGAGCAAUAAAAAAAUCAGUGCUUCCUGAAGUGUUUCGAACCCGCAGGAUGCCCGUACGUCCGUUUGUACGUCCCCACUUCCGUGCUUUGGUCAGUCAGCCAGUUAGGGUUUCAAUCAAUCAAUCAAUUAAAAGAAAUGAACUUUGAUGGUGUUUUUCUGAUGACAUCAGGUCAGGUACUGUGGAAGCUGACAUGGUAGAUGAGCGCCUUGGAAAUACAAACCAAAGGGGAGUAUGGUUUUUCCGUUUGGAUGUGAAUCCUGUCCUAGACUUGCCAGCCAAGAAAUGUUAUACAUGGAUCCAGCAGCAGGCGAAUAUCCAAGUGCCUGCGGUACGGCCAUGUCCAUGCACAUUGGACCAAGCUGUAGCAGAUAAAAACUUUUACGUGGAUUACAACCAAAAGAUCGCAGGUCGUAGUAACCUGACGACGUGUGCAUACUCGGUGCCUAGUCCAACAAGCCGCUGGGCACAGCAGUGCUGCUACACGGAAAUCCCUGGAAGUGGAAACGUUCUUUCCAUCGGGCCAACAGAGGGGGGCACUCCGUUUUUAAUUGGGAUACCCGGCCUUCCGAUCAUCACAGACUUAGAAGCGCACGGAUACUGCUGUGAUGCGUCCCUGUGCGCUCGAUACUAUGAGUUGCGACCCUCAGAUACUUGUUCCCGUUACAGCAGCAGGCGAGAAGGUGAGCCUUUUAUAUUGUCCUUUGCAAGAACGCAUUCCGGUUCCACUGAUACUACAUUGCAAAUUUUCACUGCCGAAAACUAAAACUUCAUAAUGAUGGAUUCAUCGAGUACCAGGUAAGCACAGGCAAUUUGGUUGGACAAUGAGACUUUUCAUCUCUUGGCGUAGAUACUGAAGUAGAUCAUGACGUCGUGAAGCCUAAAGUGCUAACAAUUUAUCUACCAGAUCAAGUAGUUAUUUACAGUUUCAUGAUGGACUCUUGGCUGGUAAAAAAAACAAACCAUCGUAUAUUCAUUUGUUGUGUUCUCUUUAUAUCUCCACAGCCCUUAUAUGGGGAGAUCCUCAUUUUGUCACUCUGGAUAACAAAAUCUACACAUUCAAUGGCCUUGGUGAGUAUACGAUGAUUACCAUUGACAACGUGGGAUUUGAGCUGCAGGCACGCACCAAGAAGACCAGCGGUAGGGGAUUGGGAACAGUGUUUUCAGCAGCAGCUGCUAAGGAAGCCAACACGGCUGUAGUAGAAGGGCGAAUAAAUAGCCAAGGUAAUCUGAUUUGUAUUGCUUUUAGUCUUGUAGUCUGAUCAUUUGCAAAGGUUAAUCCUGUAAAGGGACUGCUAUUUCAACAGCUUGAGCGGAAGCCGUUAUCAUAUUUUACUUAAAGAGUUGUUCGUCAAACGAGUAUUGUAAGUCUGGUUGGUGAGAUCUGAUUGGCCAACUUUGCUGUGAGGCCAUUGGCUGUAAGCUUCAAGGAGCAUAUAUCAUUGUGAUCGGCCAGUUUCGAUCCAUCAGUUCUGUCCACUGUGAAUUGCUUUUUGCUUGCUGUUGCUGGUCGUGCCGCAAUGGGUAUCCAGCUAAGUUUAUUUUUAACAUACUUUAGUAAAAGGAAACAAAUUAGCCACACACAAACCCGUUUAUGUAACUUCCAAAUAUGAAGAACAUUUCUAUAGCAAGUCAACAUUAUUAAUACAAUAGGUUUUCCCUUCAAAAAUAAAAAAAAUGAAUGAGCUUAAGCUGAAAACUAAUGAGGAAUAACCAGACCAUAGGUUAUCAAAACAAAUGUCAAAAAGUGUUGGGAAGAGUAAAUGAUCGACAUGGUUUAUGUUUGCUGUAUUUAUGUCCAAAUUCAUUUGUACUUUGAUUUGAGUUAUCGUUUUAUGCCUAUUUCAGGUGACCUUGAGGUUUUCGCGGCAGGAAACCAGCAAAAUAUCCAGGCUAUUUCAGAGUUUGGAACGCUGAUUCAAGACUCAAAUAUUACGCUGAUCAGAGGGACUUCUGACUCAGUCUCAGCUGUCUUUCCAUCCGGGAUCUCAAUCACCUUCUCCCAGGUUUCGGACGCCUUAGCCACCACAUUCAAUGGGCCGGUCAGGUUUGUGAACCGCACUAAGGGACUCUUGGGGACGUGGAAUGAUGAUCCUUCAGAUGAUUUCACGACUCCUUACGGCACAGUGCUAUCAGCUGAUGCGACACCCCAACAAAUACACUACGACUUCGGGUUAAAAUGUAAGUUCUCCAGGAUAAAUUUAAAAUACGGUGCAACGACGCGCACAGUUCAACUUAGUAAAUUUUGUAUGUAGUUUCCAGGAAAUUCGCGUUAAAAUGGAGAAAAUCAACUCCAAUGGUAGCUAUUUCUGUGUUCUUUCCGCCCCUGCGAAAAAAGUUAUGCGUCACACCAUGAUAAGAUCGCAUGACAAAUAACAGGGAGGAGGGGAUUGGCUAUUAGAUAGUUUCUGUUUGUUACAAGAUCGGACCCCGGUCAUCGUUCUAAAGUUAGAAUCCUUUUAUGCAAUUUGUCCUACGAUUGAGAAGAGUAUGGAUUGACGUUUUUUAUGUCUCACAUUAACCAACAAAACAUAGCCUUGACACCAAGUUGCUAGAAGAACUUGCUUGGUGUUACAGAACCUUAUACAGUUAAACUGCCUUGAUUUAAUUACCAGCCUCAUCUCCUUCCAUAUUGGUCAAGAGGAACUGAAAGAACAUAACUUAUAAAUUGUUUAUUCACAUCACCUGUUUGCCGGAUAAUGUCUGAUUAUUAUUUUCAUGAAUUCCAUCUUGCAGGGCAAAUAAACGCCUCCCAAUCGCUGUUUACAUACCAAGCUCACGAAAGCCCUGCGACCUUCAUAGAUCUCAGCUACGUGCCAAUGUUCAUUGACAACAUCACAUGGACAAAUGAUUCCUUCAGACGACAGGCAGAGAAUGUCUGUGGCAACAAUACCCUAUGUUUAUUUGAUGCAGCCGUGACUGUUAACUGUUCUUUUGGAAUGUCAACAAAAAAGCUGGAGGAAAAUAAUAUUCUAGUAAACAACAGGCUGGGUAAGUAGUGCACCAUUUCGGAACAACCAGUCCUUACAAAAGAUUGGCCUCAUGCAUUUGAUGAAGAGUGCGUCAGCCUAGGUGGGACAUAUUUCCAUACAGUCAAGAUUUUGCAAGAACUCCUGCUCUUAGUUUCAAAGUUUAGUCGUUAUGAUAUUUUGUUUAUUUCCCCACCUGAAAAACUACCUUGCUCUUGCUCGAUUAAGACUUUGACAAGACUUGCUUUUGACAAUUCUCUCGUGAUUUCAUCACAGAAACUUUCCCACCACAAAUUGAAGGACCACAAGUUAUAAACGCUACUCUGAACGAAACAGUUGAGUUGAACAUCACAGCUCGCCACAACAUCAGCGACUCGUUUGUGUUUACCGUCAAAUUUUUCCCAGACAUGGAAGUCGUCUCGAAUACCUCGCUGGGUCUGGUCGUUCGAUGGCGGCCUACAUCCGUAAAGAAGGUAUGUAGUGUUCUAAAAAUCAAACUUGCGCGUAAUCUAGUGGUUUUAUGUAAACUCGUUCCUCUUCUAAAUGGAACACCACACUAAGAAAAAACAAUUAGUUCAUGGUUCGAUAGCCUAUCUAAUUUUUCUUUUUUCAUCAUGGACAGGUAGAGCCUGUGUUUAUCGUUACUGACAGCAGUAACUCGUCAUCAGAGCUCCGCCCUCUGAUUCGACUUUGCCCGUGCCAAAAUGGCGGCAAUUGUGUGGAGGACGACGAUGUUCAGCGGCAGCUGGACAGCGGUGUAAGAUUCAUCGUUUUAUCAUGCGCCUGUCCCGCAGGACUCACAGGAAAGUUUUGUGAAAGUGAUGUUGACGCUUGCGUAGAGUUCAAUGAUCCCUGUUUUCCUGGAGUUGUCUGCACUAAUGUUCCGUUAUCUAUCGAUAAAAAUGGAUACACGUGUGGUCCAUGUCCAAGCGGUUACCAUGGUGAUGGAUCUUACUGCAUCGGUACGUUUAAAGAAAUAUUCUUAACUGGCUCUUAACAUGUGUUUGUCGCGGAAAUACCUCUAAAAACGAAGAUUAACUUUCAUUUCCUUAAUACAAUAUUUUUGUGAAACCGUUCGUUUUGAAUACAUAAAGAUCGCAUUCCUCAUACACCUAGAUCAUGCUAUUCGAUGCCAAAAAUAUUUAAGACGAAAACAGGAUGAUCGGAAUUAUUUUCUACUCGCCACGAAGAGUAAAAUUAUAAUUAACAAACACUCGAGAUCGUGUGCUUAUCUACUAGUGAAUAAUUCCGUUGUCAGUUUGUAACUUUCUAAAAAUUGCACCAAAAUUGGUACUGCAGUCAUCAUAAAAAUACGGCCUUCUUCUUUGAGACCGAAAAGCACUUUCAGUCCUCAACCCGACACUUUUUGUUUCCCUCAACAGAUAAUGACGAGUGUGUGGAUCAAGUGAGCAGGUGCAGCCAAUCAUGCAUUAAUAUUCCGGGUUCAUAUGUGUGCAAAUGCUAUCCAGGAUAUACACUUGACAAAGACGGCGUUAGUUGUAAUGGUACGUGACGUCAGUGGGGGAACCUCGGUUUUUGAUCAAUCGCUCGAUUUUAGUACCUUAUUUGUUAAUGUUCGGUUGUGCAAUCGAAACUCUGUAUUCCUGCAUCUGGACAUGCCAUAUAGGGCUAAUUUUGACAGCUUCAUCUCCCUCAACAAAACAAAGCUUUAAAUUGGCAACUAACUAUAACAAAUAAUGUACCGUCGAGGUUGCUAUCGCUCAGGCACAAGAGACAUUUAUAUAAGAUAAAAAAUAUUAUAAUUCCAUCAGAUAUCAAUGAGUGCAUGGAAGCCAAUGACUGUAUGCAGCGAUGUACUAACUAUCCCGGUGGGCGGAACUGCUCUUGCUUCGAGGGAUUCCAGAUCGACCAGGCUGAUAAUACAGCGUGUAUACGUAAGUACCACACACGUGAUUUUGGUCCACUGAAUACAGUCGAUUUGACUCGUAUAUACCUUCCUCUUAAUCUAUAAAGAUGAACACCAAUCAUUUAAAGAAAACUUGAAAAAAUAUCUUAGUUUCUGAUUUCUGGUUCCAUUUGAAUAAAGCUAGGAUCUUGUAUAACUUACUCUGAAUUUUUUUUGCUUCUCAGCAAAGGCAAGCUGUAAUGUUUCGAAAGCAGGCUGCCAGCAGGUUUGCGUGGAGGAGCAAGGACAGCCGAAGUGUUCGUGUCACAAGGGUUACCAACUAAAAGAAGACAAUCAAACAUGCACUGGUAAUUUUUAAACUAACAACAUUUCCAUUGGAAUAGUAACUAGUCCCUAGCAAGACCACGAGCUUGAUGCCACUGAAAUUCUUGAGGAAAUGUUGCUGACCGUCUCAAAUGGGCCUCUGAUUUUUCAUCUAAAGAUCGUUUUAUUUAGGGGUUUUAUUUUUUCCAUGAAAUCAGAAAGUAAGCGACCCAGUGGGAACGCUUUUAAGAUGAAAAUAGGAUUUCAUUCCAUUGUCAAAUCUGUAUUAAUAAAUUAUAUCCCUUAUUUCUUCACCUAAUUCAUUUUGUCGUUCCAGAUAUUGAUGAAUGUAGCACAAAUAGACACCGAUGUUCACAAAACUGUCACAACAAUGCGGGGAGUUACACUUGCUCCUGUGAUGCGGGCUACAACCUGGACUCAGACUAUAUGACGUGCAGUGGUAAAUAUCCUCUCUUUUAACGGUGGAGUGAAGGGAGGGGGGAGGGGGGAGUGGGGAGUGGGGAGUGGGGAGUGGGGAAGGAAAUGGAAAUCCAUCUUUCGAUCUAAAAUCAAUGGAUUAAGAAUCAAUCCGUGGAUGGGUCACUUCCGAUCUCUAUUUAUGUAUUUACUUAUUUAUUCAUUUACACAUUUCUUCUUCUAUUUCCCUACUUAUUGAGUUUGCUUGGUAGAAGAAUUUGGUAAAACCAAUCAUAGCUACAGAAUAUAAUACGCAAUUCUCUGAUAUAUGUUUUUUUCCUUUUCAGAUAUCGACGAAUGUGGUUUGAUAGAUGCAGUGUACUGCGCUAAUUCCUUGGAGCUUUGUAUUAACACCAUAGGAUCAUUCUAUUGUGAAUGUCAGCAAGGAUACCAACGUGUGAACAACACCUGCGGAGGUUGGCCUUUAUUUAUUAUUUUUCGUAUUGUAAACCGAGUUUUAAAAAUAGAAAAUUUGUCUCCCUUUAUACUCCAUAGAAGCUCUAAGCAGGAAAGGUUACGUUGUACAAAAUUCGCCCCACUGAAUGCCGAAUUGCGCUCUAGCAAAUUCAUAAAAAGAAAAUUUUAAAAGUGACUUGGAAUUUUUUUUAUCGUAAAAUACGUUGUGGUUCGUCAUUGUGGUAAAAACACUUUCAAAAGAGAAGUAAUAAUCAUUUUUUUCAUGAUGUGGUCGCUGUGGACGUGGGUCACGACGCUUCAACUGCAUAAUGCUGGGUAUCGACUGAAGAAGACCAGCAGUAUGCAGUCGAAAUGUCACGAUCUGCAUACGCAGUGACCACAUCGUGAGAGAUUAUACUUCUGUGGUGGAAUUCUUUGAUCAUAUGCCCCAAUGAGUAAUUUGCAAACAGUUGCUUAACAUAUUAUCGUUUAAACGACCAUUUUGUUUCUUUUUUAAGAAAUCUAUCCAACCACAGGGGAACCACUUUUCACAGAAAGCCCAGCCACGAAACCUAGCACAACUGAUCGGGUCCCAGAGGAUGCCUCUAAUAAUGCUGUUGUUAUGACAAUAAGAAAUACUGACAUAUCAGAGGUAAAGCCAAAUCUUUCAUCUGGUGUAAUCGUAACUCGUUCUUAGUGCUAUUGUCAUAUAAUUGUUUUAAAAUUUUUUUAAGGUGCUUCAGGACAAAAUUAGUUUAAUGAAUAAGGAGAAGGCAGAAUUUUUCCUUAAUUCCUUACUAUUUAGAAGUAACUUACCUUUGUACAAAUUACAGUGGGAAGAUGGAAUUUCUCAGUUGUUUGAAGAUAUCGUUGCCCAGGUUGUGGUCGAGUAUUGUCAAGAGAAUGAGAACGAAAACUGCCUUCAUUCUAAACUGAGUAAAAGGUAAGGCACUGAUUGGCCGCAAUCGCAUGAACGAGGCCGGUGUUCUUUACCUGGUGAAAGAAAGAAGGUUAAAUCUUAAUGAGUGACUAAAUCAAGAAUUGAUCGUUGAGAAAAGAUUACUGAUUUCUGUGAUUCUGUGUUCUUUAGGAAUUAUUCCAUACACAGUUCAAAAGUCUUCAUACUACAGUAGGCCAAAAGAUGAUAGAAUCUAGACGAAUUUUUGUUACGAGAAGGAAUUACCAACUAAGAACGAAUAAGCAACAACACAUAAUAAAAAUGUGCCGAGUAUUUGGUGAAAACAUGUUAAUGUGAUUAAAACUUAAUAUCCCUGAGAAUGUGUGAAAAAAAACUGUGGCAUUUUUUCCUUAAUAGUUACUAACAUAUUUGUUCAUUGAUUUAAUAAACUGUAGGUCGAUCACAACAGAAAUCCUAGCCACAACUGUUCAUGUGUUGAAACAUUAUCCACAACAAGAGCAAGCUGAUUUAGUCAUAGCUUUCUACGUCAUUCUUCAUUCCAAAAAUCAAGAAAGCUACCUCAUGACCCAGGCUGCACUCUUGCAGGCUCUCAAAACGUCAUCAGCCAGACUGUCAGCCAGAAUUAAUAAAGAAGUUUACAACAUCCGGGCGUUUGAUGCAGAUGAAGCAAGUCCGCCCGCUCGUGAGUCCCGGAUAGUUGCGUCACAUAUGAAAUGGAUCAUAAUUGGUGGUGCAUCAUUAGCUGCAAUCGUUUUUGUGAUAAUAGGGAGCGUCGUUGCUUGCAGGUAAUGCGGCUGUAUUUGAGUGUUAGUAAUUCUUCCUUCUGUGCUAUCCUUGGAGAGAUGAAAGGUGACCUGUUUCUUAUACAAAUAUCGACUGGUAGCGCAAGGCAGCCUAUUGAAUAUUUAGACGCCAAAUUGCUCUUGCGACAAGAUUAUUUAACUUACAAUAGCCACUCUUGGGAAAGAGAGACAAUUUUUUUAUCACUUCCAGACAAACGAUUCAUUCUUUGUUUUUUUUUCUUUUUUAUCUCCUGUACUGAACUUAUCAGCUCUUAUCAGUUCUUAACUUAUAAUUGAAAUCGUAACCUUUUUUUUGUAAUUUUACUUUUUGUCUUCUCUAAGACGGAGACGAGCCUCCAGGCAGCUGAAUAAACGUGAAAGGAAAUCUGAAUUCAUUCUGCAGCAAUGGGCUGGGAGCCACGAGGACGCUGUGUUCGGAUUACCAAAUCAAGUCACUGAACUGUAGAACUUGUCACAAUUUAGGAUGACAAUGCAAGGAUUAAUGCCAGUUACCUUUUACACAAUCUAGCGUGAUUUUACAACAGUAACAACAGUCACUGGCAAUUUACAGAGUGAUUGUGAAACUAAAAUGUGAAACAUAAGACAUUCAUAUCUAAUCGAAAUAAGAUAAAGCAUAGGAAUAGACCCUUUGCCUAUUUACGUCGGAAAACCCAAUUUCUCCCCCAAGCCUCGCUUUCAAGGUACCAACUAGUGAAUUUUGAUAGGAAAGUGUUACCAAAACAACUAAAAUAAAAAUACUCCUUAAAACAAAGCCGAUCGGUAAAGGUUCAUGGAGAUUUUAAAGCAAACGAAGCUUUGGGGGGAGGGGGGAUUUCUUCAAUUGACGUGAUCGUGCAUAAGAGCUAUUGAUAGACAAAUGUAAUCACAGAAAUACUUAAUCCAUCAACAAUAAAUAAGCCUUAGAUGAAAAGUAGAACGAAGGCCACCACUAAAACAACGGUAUAUCUCAAUGCAUGCAUUUCUACAGAGUUGGUUACGUACUACGCGACCUUUGUGAAUUGUAGUGUACGAAUAAAUACCAUUGAAAGACAACAGGCUUGUUGUGAGUGUAGUGUUAGAAGUUUUUUUUAAUUCACCAGAAUUACAGGGGGGUAAGUUGAUAGAAUAUGUC